AUGAAGUUAACUACCACUGUCCUGCCAUUCGUGGCAUUAUCCACUGCUAUCGUCAUCCCAGACGGUGAAAUUGCAGAGCAACUUGCUUUGCUGCCAGGAAAGCAUGGAAUUCCUCAGAGCUUCCUCGACAGAGUCCAAGGAACUGCCAAAACAGCUUGGUCUGGCAUCGAGGGAACCCUCAACGAUGCAAUUGCAUUCUCCGAGAACGCUAUUGACAGUGCUCUCGAUACCAGCAGAGAAGUAAAGGAGGCUUUCGAAUGCCACAUGUCGAUGACCAAAUUUGACAUGCCCGAAUGGCUUUCCACUGAACAUACAACCCCUCAAGACCUCGAUAUUUUCGAUCAACCACAACAUCGACCACAUCGUCCUCAUCACCCACCACAUCACAAUCCUCACAAGAAGCAUGAACCGAAUCAGACAGUGUACCAGCUCAUUGCGUCGAGCAAGUACACAACGAAGCUUGCAGGACUCAUCAACAAGUAUCCAGAUUUGGUCAAAAUACUGAAUGGUACUGCGGCGAACUACACUGUUUUCGCACCAAUCGACAGGGCUUUUGAGAAGAUCCCUAAACACCACCAUGAACCUUCGGAAGAACAGAUCAAGAGACUUCUUACCUACCAUGUUUCACCUGAUCUCUACCCCGCCGGUCGAGUGCUUGUCACACAUACCAUUCCCACGGCUCUCAACGAACCAGCUCUCGGCGAUGAACCACAACGUCUGCGAGUUGGUCUCAGCUUGUCAAAAGCACUGAAUGUAAACUUCUACGCGAGGAUCAUUGCGAUUGACAUCUUCGGCACCAACGGUGUGAUCCACGGUAUCGACUCACUACUUCUCCCUCCACCACCCGCAUUCAAGAUCGUGGAGCUCUUCCCAGGAACAUUUAGCACUCUCCAACUCGGACUCGUGAAAACGGGUCUCGCAGAGGCAAUCGAGAAAGCCCACCAUGUGGGAGGAACUCUCUUCGCACCCUCCAACUUUGCAUUCCAGAAGCUCGGCCCAAAGAUAAACGCCUUCCUCUUCUCGCGAUAUGGAGAGAAGUAUCUCAAAGCACUUCUCGAAUACCACGUAGUCGCCAAUCAAACAUUGUACUCCGACGCCUUUUACAAAGAAAAGUCUUCUUCGGGCAAAGAUGAGGAGACUGCAGAGGAUAUCCCCAAAGGACUGUUCCACAUCGAUCUCCCAACGUUGUUGAAAGAGCGCAGUUUGAGUAUUGAUGUGGCGCGCUAUGGAGGCUUUAUCACGAUUAAGAUUAAUGGCUUCUCGAGUGUGGCCGUCCAGGAUGGUCUUGCGAAGGAUGGCGUUGUGCAUGUGGUUAAUCAGGUGCUUAUUCCUCCUAAGACGCCGGGUGGUAGGAUGUGGGAGGGGGAGGAGAUGGGUGUUGAGGAGUUUAAGGAGAGGAUUGAUGGGUGGGGGAGGGAGUUGUAA